CCGCCGGGGGGAGCCGGUGCGGGACAUCCGCUGUGAGUUCUGCGGGGAGUUCUUUGAGAACCGCAAGGGUCUGUCGAGCCACGCGCGCUCCCACCUGCGACAGAUGGGGGUGACGGAGUGGUACGUCAACGGCUCCCCCAUCGACACGCUGCGCGAGAUCCUCAAGCGCCGAACUCACCCACGGAGCGGAGCCUCCAACCCCAUGGGCCCCGGGCACAAAGCCAUGGCCAAGACCCUCCUGGCAGCCAUGGGACCCCUGGAGCCGCGAGGUCCCGGGGAGCUCCACAUCCCGACUCUGCCCAAGAAGAAGAAGCUCAAACACGACCAGAUGAGAGUGGAAAUCAAGCGUGAGAUGAUGACGGGGGGUCUCCACGGAGAGCCCCACCCCUCCGACCAGGCUUGGCCGCCGCUGGAGGAGAUGUCACCCUUGAACCUCUCCUCCCGAGCCGACCCGGUGCGGGACAUCCGCUGUGAGUUCUGCGGAGAGUUCUUUGAGAACCGCAAGGGUCUGUCGAGCCACGCGCGCUCCCACCUGCGACAGAUGGGGGGUGACGGAGUGGUCAGUGAACGGCUCCCCCAUCGACACGCUGCGCGAGAUCCUCAAGAAGAAAUCGAAGCCCUGCGUCAUCAAGAAGGAGCCCCACACCUCCAUCAUCGAAACCCCCAAAGGGUUUGGGGAGGAAGGGAUGGACCCCAAGCCCUCUGGAAAAGUGCUGCAGGCCAUGGCCCUCCCUCCACUGGGCGGGCGGACGGGGAAACCCGGCGGCUCCAGCAUCAGCCGCGAGCUCUCGCUGUC